GUGAGGCCCGCGCAGCUAGGGCCUGGCGUCUGGGCGCCCACCGCCCGGGCCCUCGCUCUCGGGUCACACCCCUCCCCAACCCUCCGGUCUGGGAAGACAGGGAAGAUCCCUACUGAGACCUUAAACCUUGGCACUGGUGUCAUGGAAUCAGUCACCUUUGAGGAUGCGGCUGCGGGGCUCCUCCAGGAGUGGGCGUUGCUGGAUUGUGCGCGGAGGAACCUGUGCAGAUACAUGAUACUGGACAACUGCAGGAUCCUGGCCUCCAGGGGAACUCCACCAUGCAAACCCAGUCCCGUCUCCCAGCUGGGGCCAAGAGCAGAGCCAAGGGCAGCAGAACAAGGGAUUCUCCAGGUCACGGGUGCAGACUGGGAAUCUCAACUGAAACCCAAAGAGUUGGCUCCUGUGCAGGAUAUAUUGGAAGAAACACUGUGCAGUGACAUGCAAAUGGGGCCAGCGCUGUUCCCGAAUAUGCACAUGGGGCCCUUGGUGGGAGAGAGGGGGACGCCGUCACCUCAAGAAGACCGGCCAGCUCUCCAGGUGUCUCCUUGGUCUGCGGGAUGGACGGGACUGAAGGUGGCUGUGCAGAUUGAGAAGAUGGUGAUGCUGGUGCCCACGCUGGGCCACUGUGACCCGUGGGUGUCUGGGGCUUCUGCUCUGCCUGCAGUGGGCCCCGCCCGGCUCCAGGAGGACGGCACACAGGAAGAAGCCAUGGCUUCUGGGUUGCUUACCACCUGUUCACAGGAACCAGUCACCUUUGCAGAUGUGGCUGUGGUGUUCACCCCAGAAGAAUGGGUGUGUCUGGACUCUGCCCAGAGGAGCUUGUACAGAGACGUGAUGCUGGAGAACUACAGGAACCUGGCCUCCGUGGCAGGAGAUCAACUCUGCAAACCCUGUGUGUUGUCCCAUUUGGAGCAAAGAGAAGAGCUGUGGACCAAGGAGAGAGGAGACGUCUCAGAUACCUGUCCAGAACCUCAGCUUCAACCUGGAGAGUCAGUUCCUGGUGAAGAUAUUUUUAUGGAGAUUCCGUCCAUUGGCAUGAAAAGGUACCAGAGAAUUCAUGCUGGAGAGGCCCCCUACGGAUGUCAAGAGAGUGGAAAUUCCUUCUUCCAGAGCGCUCACCUAAUCGUGCCUGAGAAAAUCCGUAGUGGGGAUAAAACCUAUGCAUGUAACCAAUGUGAAAAAUCCUUCAGAUACAGCUCUGACCUCAUCAGGCAUGAGAAGACUCAUACUGCAGAGAAGUGCUUUGAAUGUCAAGAAUGUGGGCAAGCCUUCAAGUAUUCCUCAAACCUGCGGCGACACUUGAGAACCCAUACUGGAGAGAAGCCCUUUGAAUGUAGCCAGUGUGGGAAAACCUUCACAAGGAACUUUAACCUGAUUUUGCACCAGAGAAACCACACAGGAGAGAGGCCCUAUGAGUGUAAGGAUUGCGGGAAAGCGUUCAACCAGCCAUCGUCCCUCAGGAGCCAUGUGAGAACUCACACAGGAGAGAAGCCCUUCGAGUGCAGCCAGUGUGGGAAAGCCUUCAGAGAACACUCAUCACUGAAGACCCACCUGCGGACCCACACCAGAGAGAAGCCAUACGAAUGCAACCAGUGCGGCAAGCCCUUCCGGACAAGCACUCACCUGAAUGUGCACAAGAGGAUACACACGGGGGAGAAACUGUAUGAGUGCGGGACUUGUGGUCAGGUCUUGAGUCGUCUCUCGACCCUGAAGAGUCACAUGCGAACUCACACUGGGGAGAAGCCCUACGUGUGCCAGGAAUGCGGGCGAGCCUUCAGUGAGCCCUCCUCCCUCAGGAAACAUGCGAGGACUCACAGUGGCCAGAAGCCCUAUGCAUGCCAGGAAUGUGGGCGAGCAUUUGGUCAGUCUUCACACCUCAUUGUGCACGUGAGAACACACACUGCGGGGAGACCCUAUCAGUGUAAUCAGUGUGAUAAAGCCUUCAGGCACAGCUCCUCACUCACUGUGCACAAAAGGACCCACAUGGGGAGAGAGAACAUUAGGAACGGCGGCCUGCCUUUAUCAGUGUCUCAUUCCUAUGGUGGGCCCCUUGCCAAUUAACUUCCAGUUUAUAGAAAUAUAAACAUUUGGGGCUAUCACUCUUCCUCACAGUACUCCUUUAGCAGCAUCUUACGUUUUGAUGUAUAACGUUUUCAUUUUGGUUUAAUCCUAAGUAUUGUCUUAACUUCUAUUAUCACUUUUUCUUUGACCCAUGCGUUAUUUGGAAUUAGAUUUUUCAAUACCAGUACAUGGAUAUAUUUUCAGAGAGGUAUAAUGACAUAGUGAAAUGCAUACAUUUUAAGCAUACUGUUGGAUGAAUUGGACAGAGGUAUACAUGUAUGUAACCAACACACCAUUCCGGAUGUAGAAUGUUUCUGUCAUUCUGGAAGGUUCCUGCAUGUUAUAUGGCUGUUUCUUAAUUGCCUUUCUGUUUUGGUUUCUAAUUUAAUUACAUGACGAGCAGAGUAUGUA